AUGGUGACAACUGAUCCAAUCAUUUUCAUAGCAGACAGAUCUCCCAUUCUCUCUCCCACUAUCUAUAUAUGUGUAUCUAUCUCUCAUUCUCUUACUCUGCCUGUCUUCCUGUUCCUUUCUCUCUCUCUCACUCUCUACUUGCCUGUCUAUCAGUUUCUCUCUCACUCUCUCUCUCUACUUGCCUGUCUAUCAGUUUCUCUCUCACUCUCUCUCUCUCUACUUGCCUGUCUAUCAGUUUCUCUCUCUCUCUACUUGCCUGUCUAUCAGUUUCUCUCUCUCUCUACUUGCCUGUCUAUCAGUUUCUCUCUCUCUCUACUUGCCUGUCUAUCAGUUCUCUCUCUCUCUACUUGCUGUCUAUCAGUUUCUCUCUCUCUCUACUUGCCUGUCUAUCAGUUUCUCUCUCUCUCUCUGUGCCUGUCUAUCAGUUUCUCUCUCUCUCUCUACUUGCCUGUCUAUCAGUUUCUCUCUCUCUCUCUACUUGCCUGUCUAUCAGUUUCUCUCUCUCUCUACUUGCCUGUCUAUCAGUUUCUUCUCUCUCUCUACUUGCUGUCUAUCAAUUUCUCUCUCUCUCUCUACUUGCCUGUCUAUCUAUCUCUCUCUCUCUUGCCUGUCUCUCUCUCUCUCUCUACUUGCCUGUCUAUCAGUUUCUCUCUCUCUCUCUACUUGCCUGUCUCUCUCUCAUUUCUCUCUCUCUCUCUACUUGCCUGUCUAUCAGUUUCUCUCUCUCUCUCUACUCCUGUCUAUCAGUUUCUCUCUCUCUCUCUACUUGCCUGUCUAUCAGUUUCUCUCUCUCUCUCUGCUGUCUAUCAGUUUCUCUCUCUCUCUCUACUUGCCUGUCUAUCAGUUUCUCUCUCUCUCUCUACUUGCCUGUCUAUCAGUUUCUCUCUCUCUCUCUACUUGCCUGUCUAUCAGUUUCUCUCUCUCUCUCUACUUGCCUGUCUAUCAGUUUCUCUCUCUCUCUUGCCUGUCUAUCAGUUUCUCUCUCUCUCUCUACUUGCCUGUCUAUCAAUUUCUCUCUCUCUCUACUUGCCUGUCUAUCAGUUUCUCUCUCUCUCUACUUGCCUGUCUAUCAGUUUCUCUCUCUCUCUACUUGCCUGUCUAUCAGUUUCUCUCUCUCUCUCUACUUGCCUGUCUAUCAGUUUCUCUCUCUCUCUACUUGCCUGUCUAUCAGUUUCUCUCUCUCUCUCUACUUGCCUGUCUAUCAGUUUCUCUCUCUCUCUCUACUUGCCUGUCUAUCAGUUUCUCUCUCUCUCUCUACUUGCCUGUCUAUCAGUUUCUCACUUGCUCUCUUUGCCUGUCUAUCAGUUUCUCACUUGCUCUCUUUGCCUGUCUAUCAGUUUCUCACUUGCUCUCUUUGCCUGUCUAUCAGUUUCUCACUUGCUCUCUUUGCCUGUCUAUCAGUUACUUGCUCUCUCUCUUUGCCUGUCUAUCAGUUACUUGCUCUCUCUCUUUGCCUGCCUAUCAGUUACUUGCUCUCUCUCUUUGCCUGCCUAUCAGUUACUUGCUCUCUCUCUUUGCCUGCCUAUCAGUUUCUCUUGCUCUCUCUCUUUGCCUGCCUAUCAGUUUCUCUUGCUCUCUCUCGUUGCCUGCCUAUCAGUUUCUCUUGCUCUCUCUCGUUGCCUGCCUAUCAGUUUAUUGCUUUCUCCGAAUUAA